CGCCGUCAGAUACAAACUGCAUGGUUUGUCAAGCUGAUCACGCCUUGGAGAGCUGUGCUGUUUUUCAGAGCUGGACAGUGGGCAAAAGAUACGAGUUCUGUAAGCAGACAAGAAUCUGUUUUAGAUGUCUCGCCGGACAACAUCGUGGAAUAAGAUGCCACCGGUUUCCUGGAUGUCAGUUAGAGGGGUGUGGAGGAAGCCACCACACCUUACUGCAUGCCAGUCUGCGACAAGAUAAGCAACUGGAACAGAGAGGACGGCUGAAAGAGCAGCACCGACAGACGGAGAACACAAGUCAGAACCGUCAGACUACGAGCCAUCUACCUCAGCAAGGUCAACUAGAACAGAGCGGACAGUUGAGCUGGUCACAAUACCGCCAAGAAGGAGCUCACAGCAGUGGAUGUCAGUCAUCGCGCAACACGCCAAACACCACCAGCAGUAGCAGUAGCGGGAACACACAAAGCUCCGGAAUAAGCUACAAUACGGCAGCCUCCAGAUCACCACCAGGAAAAGGAGCGACCGCAUUCACCCCACCAGGAGCUCCCCACUUCAACGGCGCGUGCGAGGCAAUGAUCAAGUGCGCCAAGCGGGCUCUGAAAAGAACACUCGAGAGGGCCGAUCUUACCGAUGAGGAGCUUCAAACUGCCUUCUGCCGAGCCGAGGCACUGCUGAACACCAGACCAAUCACAGUCGUCUCAGCUGACGCCAACGAUGAGAAGCCACUGACGCCAGCAGACUUCAUCUUGGGGACGGCUAGCAUCGAGACCUCACCGGCAUCACAGGAUGACGCUACAACUCUUCGGCAGCGCUGGAAACGGCUCCAGCAACUAUCCAUAGAGUUUUGGAAGCGUUGGCUUCGAGAAUAUGUACCAGCUCUCCAGGCGAAGUCAAAGUGGUUGAAGCCUCAGACCGACUUGAAAUCAGGCGAUUUGGUCCUGGUGAUCGACGCAAAUACCCCGAGGAGUCAGUGGCCACUGGGGCGAAUCGAGGAAGUGUUACCGGGGAAAGAUGGCCACGUGCGUGUGGCUACAGUGAAACUGCACAAUAAGGUCGUGACGAGACCAGUCGUGAAGCUGAUUCACAUCGAUGUGCUCCAGUGAAGUAGUAGCCAGUAGUCAAAGUAGUGGAAAUGUGAAAGUGAUACCUCUAUGUAGAAUUGGUUGAAUUCGUGUCAAUUCAAAGUCGAGGGGGGUGUUACAGAGGUU